AUGUUCCUCAAUCCGGGUCUACGCCGCCAAUAUUCCUGGAAUUUCAUCAUUGCCGAUGUGUCACAAGCCAUCAUCGGAGCUGAUUUUCUAUCGCAUUUCAAAUUAGCAGUCAACCUACGACAACGCAAACUCAUCGACGACGUCACAAACACCAGUAAACUGUGUUCAAUAUCAACAAAUAAAAUGGUAGUUUCCAAUUUAUCUUACACCAAAGAUUAUCAGCCGUUCCACGAUUUGUUGAGGGAAUUCGAAGACAUCACGAUGGAUAAUAAGUCUACAGUCAAAAAACCACAACACUUUGUCACGCACCAUAUCGUCACCAAAGGACCACCAGUCUUCUCUAAACCGAGACGCUUAUCUCCCGAGAAGUUAGAAGCCGCAAAAGCCGAGAUACAACUCUUGCUGAACGCAGGCAUCUGUCGUCCAUCGUGCAGCCCAUGGGCAAGCCCGCUGCACAUGACAAAGAAGAAAAACGGCGAAUGGAGGCCUUGUGGGGAUUUCAGGCGACUAAACGUCGUCACCGAGCCUGACAGGAAUGCCAGUCAAACGUUCCAAAGAUUUAUGGAUCACAUCUUCCGUGAAUACGACUUCGCCUGGCCAUACCUCGAUCAUAUUUUGAUAUCAUCGAAGGAUAUGAAUCAACAUCGUCAUCAUCUACAGUUAGAAUUUAAAAAGCUACGCGAGUACGGCCUUGUUAUCAACCGUUUGAAAUGCACACUUGAUCAGCCGCAAGUUGAAUUUUUAGGUUUCUAA